AUGGAGAGGCGUAGCAGGGGACCCAACGUCGCCAGCGUCCAGCAAUGCUCCAUCGACAACCUCAAGGCAGACCUCUCCUUCCUGGACGGCGCGAAGCCCAUUGAGGCCGCAGAGUUCCUCCUCCGCAGAGACCGUCUGGCCCAGGCCCUCGCCGCCAACAAGGUCGACGCCUUCGUCCUUGAGCCUGGCUACACGUUCCAGUACUACGGCAACGUCUCGCAGCACGAUUGGGAACCAUGGGAGCCCGAGGAGCGGCCCUUUCUCAUGCUCAUCAUGCCGCAGGCUUCACCCGACGGCAGCAUCUCCGCAAAGACGGCGUUCCUGUCGCCGCAUUUCGAAGAGGGCCGCGUGCGCAUGCUGGGCAUCCCGUCCCGUGACGACGCAGAACUGGACAUUGUCGUCUGGGAAGAGCACUGGAACCCAUACACGACGCUCCUCGACUCGAGACUGUUCGCUGGCAGCAGCAGCAGCAGCAGCAAGGCGGCCCCGACGCUCAUGGUCGACGAGGAGAUGCGCGACUACAUCGUCCGCGGGCUCGCCGCCGCAGGCUUCCGCACCGUCGGCCUCAGCCCCGAGGCCGAGCUCGUGCGGCAGCAGAAGACGGCGGCCGAGGUGGCGAUCCUCCGGGCCGUCAACACGGGCACCGUUGCCGCCGUGCGGGCCAUGCGGCCGUGUCUCGUCCCCGACCUGACCGAGGACCAGGUCACGGCCAUCCUGGACCGGACGCUGCUCUCGAUUGAUGGCUUCGGGCUCUUCUUCGACAUUGUCCUCAUCGAGGAGCACGGCGCCCUCCCGCACGGGGGCUUCGUCACGGGGGGCAAGAAGCUGACGUACGACUCCAUGGUCGUCAUCGACGUCGGCGCGCACUACCUCGGCUACUCGUCCGACAUUUGCCGCAGCUUCAUGAUCGACCCUCCUCCUCCCGGAAGACGAGUCGUUUUUCCCUCGGACCCCCUGCGUGCCGAAAAGGAACAAGUCUGGCGCAUCGUCCUGGACGCGCAGACCGCCGCCGCCAGGGCCAUGAAGCCCAACGGCACGGCCGCCAGCGUCGACAUUGCUGCCCGGUCCGUCAUUGAAGAGGCGGGCUACGGAUACGGGUUCACGCAUCGCCUCGGCCACGGCAUUGGCAUCAAGGCGCACGAGUCGCCGUACCUGAACAAAUGGAACACUGGCUCGCUGCUCCAGCCCGGGAUGACGUUCACCAACGAGCCGGGGAUCUAUCUAGAGGGGAAAUUCGGGGUCAGACACGAAGACAUUUACUUGGUCAAGGAGGACGGCGAGGCAGAGCUCCUCACGGGCCAGCGAGCACGAGGAAUCUAUGAGCCUUAG